UUUGCAAGCAAGAAACACCGAACUUGCUGAGACAGCUGAAACAUAUUUAACCACAGUGGUGAAUGAUUGAUAGAGCACCUUAUCCACUCUCAGAGUCUCAAAGACCACUAGAAAUAUAUGCUUGAAAAGAAGGUAGUCUGAGAGAGGAAAGUACAGAAAUAUGGAUGGGUUGCAGCAACUUGGUCUUCCUGUUCUGGGUAUUGUAGCAGCUGCAGCUAUCACCUUCUAUGUUGUGAGCUUUUCUGAGCUAAGCGAGAAAUCUUUUAGGGACUUGGAUAAAAAAGAUUACGAUGAUGAAGGAUAUAAGCCAUCUCCAAGCUCGAGGGUAAAGCGGGCCAGAAGAAAAGCUAACAAACAAUCCAAGAGUUAAAAGGCAUUACCAGGCUAUGCCACUUUAGUUCUUGCUGUUCCUUGCAGAUUUUUUUCUCCUGUUCUUUGUCGUCCUCAACUAUCUGUUAAGUUUGUAAAAUAUGUUUCUAAAUUUGUAUGCAAUCACUAUCUGAUCGAGAACUAUAACUUAUUAAUC